AUGUCAACCAUACUAUUACGGUCAGUUCCAAAGACAGCUCAAUAUGUGAAUAAUAUUGUACUUCAACGGCAAACAUGCUGCACGUUAAAUACUCGAAUAAAUUUUCAUACUGUAAAUGAUAACAACAGUGCUCACAGUAAAAACUCAAAUGGUUAUAAUAACAAUUAUAAACAAAAUUACAACCGUAAUAAUAAAACAAGGGUACGUGCAACCGCAUUUGGAAUCGCAUUCACAGCUGCUGCCGCUGUUUUAACUACUUCUGAUUCUGAUUCUAAGAAGGACAGUAGCGGUAAAGUUGACUAUAAAUCUGUUCGCGAAGCCAUUGCUAAUUUAUUAGACGUUGAAGGUUAUGAUGAUGGCAGUUAUGGUCCACUAUUCGUUAGAUUAGCAUGGCAUGCAUCAGGUACAUAUUCAGCAAUUGAUAAGUCUGGUGGUAGCAAUGGUGGUUGUAUGAGAUUUGAACCCGAGUCAAAAUGGGGUGCUAAUUCAGGAUUACAAAUAGCUAGAGAGGUUUUAGAAAAAGUUAAGAAACAACAUCCAGGUAUAUCCUAUGCUGAUCUAUAUACAUUGGCUGGUGUUGUAGCUAUAGAAGAAAUGGGUGGACCCGAAAUCAAGUGGCGUCCUGGGCGCACUGAUCAUGUUGAUGGUAGUAAAUCACCUGCUGAUGGGAGAUUACCUGACGCAGCUCAAGGUGCUGCUCAUAUACGUGAUAUAUUCUGUCGUAUGGGUUUUAAUGACCGUGAAAUUGUUGCACUAAUUGGAGCUCAUUCAUUCGGACGGUGUCAUCGUGAUCGAUCAGGUUUUGAUGGACCAUGGACAAGAGCACCAACAACAUUUAGCAAUGAAUUUUAUCGCGUUUUAUUGGAAGAUAAAUGGACAGUUAGAAAAUGGUCAGGUCCUGUACAAUAUGAAAAUGCAACUAAAGAUUUGAUGAUGUUACCAGCUGAUAUGGCACUAUUAACUGAUUCAGAAUUUCGCAAAUAUGUGGAAUUAUAUGUGAAGGAUGACGAGGCAUUUAGAAAAGAUUUUGCUAAAGCAUUUGCUCAUUUAUUAGAAUUAGGUGUUGAAUUUCCAGGUGAUCAUUCUCAUGGAACUGCACCAGCAUUAGGAGAAAAGAGAUCAUUGUGGAAUAGAAUAUUCGGUUAA